AUGACCGAAAUCAGAGAACUAAGAAGGAAGGACAGAAAUCACAUAGUUUUAAGAGAAGGUUUACUCAAUAUCCAAAUCUCUCCUGUCAACAGAAGCACAAAUAUUCCUCAAAGCAGUUCUCUUCGAAUAGUGUACUCUCUUAAUAAUAGCACACUCAAUACCAAGCAGCAUCCAUUCAUGUCUUCACACGUAGGAGGUGCUCCGAGAAGAAUCCGACUGCAAAGCUGUAUCACAAGACAAGGUGAGAGACUUUCAAUUGAAAACGUGAAGAGAAGCCUUUAUGGCUUUCUCACGGUUAGGGAAGCUGCAGAGUAUUGUAUUGCUCUCUUCACCUGA